UCCUUUGGACAUGCAUUACACACUUUCAAAAUGCUUUAUACGCUCAUACACACCCAUUCGCUCUCCCUCCCUUCGUCUACGACAAAGUAUCCCCCUCUCUUUUUCUCCCACCCCCACACAUGUUCACUGGUUGUAGCUGAGAGAGAGAGACAGAGCAAAUUAGGGUUCGGGAGCCAUCACGAAAGGGGCUCGUCAUGUAAAGCUGAGCCGCCAUGAACCGCUGCCAGAAUGGAGGAGGGGGACGCAGGGUAGAAGAGAGAAAGAAAUAGAAUUCUUUUAAAAUUUAAUGUCUGUUAUUGUACGUUUGCAUCAUGUUGUACUUUCAGUUGGUGAUCAUGGCUGGGACCGUUAUGCUGGCCUAUUACUUUGAGUACACUGAUACCUUCAGUGUGCAUGUGCAGGGAUUCUUUUGCUACGAUACUACCUACACCAAACCCUACCUUGGACCGGAGGACCACAGCGCCAUCCCUCCCAUCCUGCUGUAUGCCGUAGUAGCCGUGUUGCCAACACUGCUGAUCACAAUAACAGAGACGGUGCUAUUCCUGGUCCAGUAUACAUCUAAAGAGUUUGACAAUUCAGAGAAGACUGUGGCCACAGGAGACUGCUGUUAUCUCAACCCGCUAGUGCGCAGGACCUUUCGUUUCCUUGGGGUUUACACCUUUGGCCUCUUCACGGUUGACAUCUUUGUCAACGCAGGCCAGGUGGUGACGGGAAAUUUGGCGCCCUAUUUCAUGACCAUCUGUAAACCAAACUACACCGCACUGGGUUGCCAUCAGGCCCUCCGAUAUAUCAGCCAGCAGGAGGCCUGCACAGGAAACCAGAAUGACAUCCUGCACGCCCGCAAAACGUUCCCAUCCAAGGAGGCUGCCCUCAGCAUAUAUGCUGCACUCUACCUGGCUAUGUAUGUGACAUGCACAGUCCAGGUAAAAGGCACUCGCCUUGCCAAACCAGUGUUGUCCCUGGCCCUUGUGUGUCUGGCCUUCCUCACAGGACUGAAUCGCAUAGCGGAAUACCGUAACCACUGGUCGGACGUCAUUGCCGGUUUCAUGAUAGGCACUGCCAUUGCCACCUUCUUGGUGGUGUGCGUGGUCCAUUUUUUUAAAGGGAAGUUGCUUUUGAAUGAUGACACAUCAAUAGAAUUGCAAAUGAACACAACAAUGCUGGGAAUGGGCCAAGUAGAAAGCACUCUGGAGAAGUACAUCGCCUCACAGAAUCACAUCACCUUUGCUGAGGUCACAUGACACGGAAGCAGCGGUGAAGCAGAUGCACAGGACAUCCCCACUUCUCACAAUCGAUUCCAAUUAGCCCAAGUGCAGCUGUAAACCUGUUUUCCUCUCUGUGUCUAUGUUUUGUAAUAUUUUUUUUGUUCUUUUAAUCAGACCAUUAUUAUGUACAGCUUUAAUCUAAUGAAAAAAACUGAUAUCAAAUCUUUAUCUAUGCACUAAAUAUAUGUUGAUGUAAGGGUCUGUCCCUUACCUCCCAAGUGCAGGUGGCUGAAAAGUAUUCUUGAGAAGGUACUGAAUUGCCAGUGGGUCCUCAUGCAUCAUCAAUGUAUGAGGCUGUUUACCUUCUUUUCAUGGCAACAUUGCAAUCAUCAUCAUGUGAUGAAUGGGGCAACACUGCACCCUUUAAGAUACACAAAUAAGGACUGGAAUGAAAGCAAAUUGUGUAGAGAUUGCAUGUUUCAGAGAAUCUCUCUAUACUUUUUGUGCUCAUUUAUUCAUUCAUAUUUUUGACAAUUUUUUCAGCGAGGCGACAGAGUCAGACAAGAGGGUUUGGAACAAGCACUGCAGUUCAUUGUGGUCCCAUAGGGACUGAGCCCUCGGGCGAGUAGUGAAGAUUUGCGACUAAUUAGCACCCCACACCCCAAAAAUUUACAAAUGCCUCCAGAUAAAUACGCAAAACACUACUUUUCUAUUAUACAGGGCAAUGGGCUGUCUCAAUGAAGCUCUUUCCCUCAGGUCAACAUAGUUCCCCAGGCAUCACGAUGGAGCCAAAGCAAUACUUUUAUAUUAGGCAAAAAAAAUCAAAUUGGGUAGUUUUUCAGCAAAUGAUAGAAGAUAGGUUCCUAAAAAUCUGUGAGUAGCAAAUUGCAACUAUGCAGGGGAACACUGUACAGUAUAUAUUUUUUCCAUUCUGGUAGAAAUCUGUCUCAUCACUGCUGAAUAUUUCUGGUGUAUAAAUUACAUCCCAUAAUGAACAAAUUAACACUCGGAGCCUGCUGUCUUGCUCAAGGGCAGUUUGACAGUUCUCUAGAAACGGACAAGAUCUCUCAAACAACCAGUAACAACUUUCAUAUUGUUUCAUGAGGUAUCUCCCAAUAGUCAAUAUGUACUUGUAGCGUUGUGUACGUUAUCCUUUUUCUUUACACUCCAACUAGUGUUUGCCAACCUGUGAAAUUAACAUUAUACAGUGACUCUGGGGUGAUAUUCAAAUUAUACAUGAGAUUAGAGCUUUUUUGAAAGAGACAGUUGAGAAUAUUAUCAGAACAGAGUAAAAUAGAAUGAACAUUCUUUCGUCUACCAAGCUCAACAACUUUACAACACAGCCAAGGUCAAACCUCUCUAUAUUGUCUUACAAAACCCUAAUUACUCCGCUUUCAUUGUUCAGUUAUCAUUGUAGUUAGAAGCAGAGCAUAGUCUUUACAAACCAUUGUCAAGAAAAUGUGCAAAAGAUAAUUCAUGUCCAAAAUACUUUGCACUGAGGUGGCACUUACAAUCACAUUAGAAAAAACGUUUUUUUUCCAGUGUAACUCUGAGUUUAGGAUGUACUGUAUGUACAAAUAAUUGCAGUUGAUAAUGCAACAUAAACAUAUUUUAUUUAUCUUUUCUCUCCAAGAAAAGAUUAAUGUUGCUGGGUGGAUAGAUGAAAUCUCAGGAAGAAAAAAAAUCACCAAAAAUAUUGCUUGAUGAUAACCACUGAUAGUAAAACUUACAAACUAAUAAAAAGUAUUUCCAAAGACUUUUCUUAUCAUUUGGAUGAACAACAGUUUUAGUCUUAUCUAUAACCAGAACAUGCACUUAUGUCAUUUUUCGACUUGAUAAUAAUUCAAGUCGAAAAAUGACAUAAGUGCAUGUUCUGUAUGCUAUUUAUUUUAGUAAAAUGUUUACAUACAGUGGCGGCAUGGUGGAAGACUUGUUAGCACAUCCGCCUCACAUUUCUGUGGACCGGAGUUCAAAUCCGGCCUCGCCUGUGUGGCGUUUGCAUGUUCUCCCCGUGGCCCCCCCUUUCUCCGGUUUCCUCCCACAUCCCAAAAACAUGCAUGGUAGGUUGAUCGAGGACUCUAAAUUCUCCGUCGGUGUGAAUGUGAGUGUUAAUGGUUAUCUGUUUAUAUGUGCCCUGCGAUUGGCUGGCGACCAGUUCAGGGCGUACCCCGCCUCUCACCCAAAGAUAGCUGGGAUAGGCUCCAGCACACCCACGACCCUAGUGAGGAUAAUCGGUAUGGAAAUGGGUGGAUGGGUUACAUACAUAAAGAUGAAACGCUAGUGGUGGGGGGACAUACUAGGUCUAUCUGGAUAAAAUAAAUGUAAAGAUUUUAAGAUUCAAAGUAGAAAGGAAACGCAAUAAACCACAAAAUGAAAGGUUAUCCAUCAGUUUAUGGGCUGAGUAAAUAAACAUUAGAAAAAAAUAAAAUAAUAAUAAUUUCCGUAAUCCAUGUUAUCCCCUUUCAGUUGUUUUCUGUUUUAGUGGACAUGAGGUAAAUUUUUCUAGAUGUAACGAAAUGGAUUCAAUUAACUUUUGUGUGGUCAUGUUGCAAAUGAAAUGACAUACAAUAUAUGAACUUGAAAUAUUUAAAUUUCAAGCCUAAAUACCCAAGUGAGAUUUUGCUAUGUAGCAUUAACAGCUCAGGCUUUCUUAAUUUUUCAUAGCAAACUAAAGUGAAGCUCCAGUCAAGGUUUUUCCCAAUGUCACUGAAGCACUUAAAACGAAGUCUAGCUAAGAACUUGCAAAUAGUAGAACUUCUUUAUGGUUGCAAAUAUAGAGUUCAGUUGCCUGAAAACAAAAAACACAUUUGCUCAAAUGUUUUUUAUGUUGCACAAGCUAUUGCAGUACAGUAUGAUAUAUUUCAAUGAAAACAGAAUUUUACCUGAUUAAUAACAUAUAAGUAUGCUUUAAGUCACAUUUUUAUUCAAUUACGGUGUAAUUUUACUUUUUUUAUGACCAUGCACUGUUUGACUGCUUCGAUCAAUAUUUCCUUUCAUCUCUAGGUCAUUGUUUUUUUUCAUGUUGCUUUACUAAAAUAUGGUGGUGUUUUAUGGAUAGUGACAGUCAUUGGUCAUUGAAUUGUGUAAAUAUACAUUACAAUAUUACAUACAGAAAUUGUAUGUUUUCUCAUAUUGUGUGGUUUAUAUAUUUUCACAGUUUUUCACGACCCAGUGAGAAUUGUUUCAAAUGGAUCCUUUUG